AUGGCGAAUAGUACGCUGUUCGACCCUCCCCCGCUGGACGACUCCAAGGCCCCCAUCGAGAACGUCCUGGAGCUAACCCCUGUGACUGAUUUUGGGCAGGACGUCUUCACAAAUACACGCCCCCUAUGGCACCCCCCCGGCGCGCGCGGGAUCUACGGUGGCGCCGCGAUAGCCCAGAGCCUCUCCGCCGCGAUGCGGACGGUCCCCGCCGAUUUCGCCGUGCACAGCAUGCACUGCUACUUCGUGCUAGCCGGCGACUCUGCGAUCCCGAUCUUCUACCACGUCGAGCGCGUACGGGACGGCCGGUCCUUCGUGACGCGCACGGUCCAGGCGCGGCAGCGUGGCCGCGCCAUCUUCACCACCACGUUGAGCUUCAGUCGGGUGAACAGCGGGGGGGAAAAGAUGCUCGAACACGCCGUCCUCAAGCCUGGGGUUCCUCUACCUUCUUCUCCUUCUUCGGAGCCGGGCGGGGGGCCGUUUGAGGUGGUUAAAGCGGGGAUAGUCAAUCGGAACGGAGAACCAGCGGAUAAGAAGAUCCGGUAUCUGUUUCGUGCUCGAGGUCCCAUCUCCUCGGCAGGCGGAUACCAAGCUCACCUCUCUGCCCUGGCGUAUAUCUCGGACAGCCGGUUCAUCGGCACGGUGGCUCAGGCGCAUGAACUCGCGCGGUUUGCGUCGCCCGCGGAACUGCGCAAGUUCCUCAACGCGCUCAAGAACCCCUCCGAUCUCGACGACGAGGAUAUCAAGCGCGUCCUCGCCGAGUUGAAGGAGGAGGAAGCCGUCGAUCUCCGCCACAGACUCCAGGGGCAUCUGGACCGUGCGGAAGAGGAGAAAAGCAAACUCCAGCCCGGCGCCGCAAACGAGAAUAAGACCCCCCAGAUCGGCAUGAUGGUCAGCCUCGACCACUCCAUCUACUUCCAUAAUCCGCGCGCUUUCCGCGCGGAUGAAUGGAUGGUCUCGGAAAUGGAGAGUCCCUGGGCGGGCGAAGGGAGGGGGUUGGUCAUCUCCAAGAUCUGGGCGAGAGAUGGCACCUUGAUUGCCACGUGUACCCAGGAGGGCGUGGUGCGGUUAAAACAAGAGUCGAAGAUAUAA